AUGAGGGAGACUUUUUGCAUGCCUGGGCUAGAGAAUGGAGAUUUGUGGCUGGUGCUUCAUUUAGAUUAUUCAAGUGGACUCCAGAUUUCGAUUUCCACAGGGAGUCAUCAUUGGCUCCUCAAGCACCUUUACCGGCAAGAUUGUCUUCGUAUCCUAGCAUCGCGAUUUGGCCGAUACUUGGGUACAGAUCAUGCUACCUUAAAUCGCACACGGGCCUCUGGUGCUUGUAUCUGUGUUGAAAUUGAUCUAGUGGCUUAUAUGGUAGAAUGCUUUCCGAUCACAUUUGGUUCGACAACUCUUUGGCAACGUGUUAAAUAUGAAAAACUUGGUUUCUAUUGUAAAAAGUGCAGGAGGCAGGGUCACACAGAGGUUGUUUGUAGAGUGGGUCAACAAUUUCAUGAGAAGCAGAAAAUGAAGAAAGUCGUAACUAUUGGCCCGGAAAAGCAAGAGUGGAGACAAAAAAUUGGAAACGUGGGUAGUGAUGUGGGAAUAGAAAAUCGACAUGUGCAGGAGGGUGGAGGUAUGACUACGUUGGAUGCAAGUGUUUUUGGUGGUACAACCCACGAGCAAGGAAAUGAUAAUAUAGAGAAGGUUGGUGAAAGUAGUAGAGGAAUAAAUCUGUUCGUGGAUAAUGAUAAGGAGAAAAUGGAUGUCAUGGAGAUUGAAUUGGGGAGAGAUAAUAAUAUGGAUGAGGAUGGAACUGUAGCGUCGAAAACUACUGGGAUCGAAAUUGCUAAGCUUGGAGGAGACACUCACAUGAUACCUUUAGGUGGGGAUUAUUUGGUGGAUGGGAAGCAAACAAGGGAAGAAGGAGAAAUAGAGGAUAGAGAGACAAUUUUAAAUGGAGAUAUGGUGGUCACGGUCAAGGGUAACGAACAAAUAAAUGAAAUGACCAUGCACAUAAUGCUAAGGACAGAAGAAGAUCAAGGUGUCAAAGACAAUGCUGAGGAAUUACAAGAGGACUCUAGGGAUCAUUGCGUUGCAAACGAGGACGAAUUUUUCUCAACUCGGGGAGAAUGA